AAAUUUAUUUUUGUGAUAAAACUUAAAAUGAUCUAAUUGAAAGAAUUACCUUAAAUAAUUUUAUCAUCACAAGCUCAUAAAUUUUAAGUUGUUAUCAUCACAAGCAUCAUCCCAUGACUAUCUAAAGGUAAACGAUCUAUAUUUAAUUUUUUGUUCAUACAAAUAAUACACUGACUAUUACAGAAAAAUUACAACUCGCUUCAUCACUAGCAACAAGACUUUACUUUAACAGCUCAAUCAAAUAUGUUAAGCACUUCAAAGAACGAACAAGAAGUCAACCAAAUAAUGAACUCAAGAGCAACUUCACCUAUUCAACGAAACAAAAACAUCAAGACAAAUUAAAUCAAUAGAGAAAAAAAUACACUCUCCAACCUAUUUAUGUUUCUUUAUAGUAUCCUAGCAAAUUAUUGUAUUAUGCCUUUGGAUAUAAUAAGUGCACUAAAUCUAUCUUCAUCAACAUCCAAUCAAAUCUUAAUUAAUAUUAGAAAUUAUAUUUCCAUUAUUUUAAGAGAUUUCCAUCUUAAAAUCUUAAAAUUAACAUAUUUAAAAGUAUUUUCCGCGCGUAGCGCGGAUAACGAUUCUAGUUUAGAUAAAAACAGUAAUAUAUACUUUUAUAGAAAAGAACAAAAUGUCUAAUAAAACGUCAUAAAAGAAAUGUUCAAAAAACAUUAUAAAAGAAACAUAUGGACUUUGCAUGAAAACGUAUCUACAUUAUUUUUUUUUUUUGCUAAAAAAACGUAUCUAGAUAUUAUGUCAGUUGCACUCUAUCAUCGGACUGAAGAGACGUCAAAUGUCUGAAUUCAUAUAUAUGGAAGCCUUUCAAAAUACAAUCCAACCUGUGUUUUCUUUCUGCUAAAAUUUGGAAUCCAACCUGUGUGUUAACGUCGAAAGUUAACAUAUACUAGUAAAAUUGAAUAAAAGCUAAUAGGUAUAUUUUUCCAUGAUAUAUGCUAUAAGGACAUCUCAAACUCCAUUCUAUUUUCUACUUUAAAAUAGAGUUUAGAGUAAAAAUGUUUCAAUGGUACUCUAUUUUCUACUUUAUAAUAGUAUAAACCUAUUUUUUACUUUAUAUAUAGAGUAGUUUUUUUCAUUUUUCAUUUAUCACUUUAUUUUUCACUCUAAAAUAUAGUAUCAUUAGAGCAACAUCUAACUUUAUUAUAUAAUUAUUCCAUUUUAGAGAAAAAAAUAAAGUAAACCAUUGGAGAUGGUCUAAGCCUAUAGCUGAUCCGGUCAUAGAUUAACUAACCAACACGAGAACUUAGAUAAAGAUGAUAUACAGAUAUUUACACACGCUUAAUCUCUGAUGAUUACAACUUACAAGAAUGCAUGAUUAGCUCAACUUGCAAAUGAAUAUGAUUCUUCUGAAAUGUGUUUAAUUCAUAAUAAACAUAUGUUUUAAGUUGGUAUGUUAAUUAAGAUUCAUGAAGGUAUUUGAAAACUUGAAAUUGUAAUAUAUAAUUAACAUAUUAGGAAAUUAUUUUGGCAGUUCGAUAUUUUAAAGAAAAAGUACAUAAUAAAUGUUUUUAACAUUUUUACCAAAAAAAUUAUAUCACAAAUGUGGGCGAAGACAGCAAGAAUCAACAGAAUAUACUCCAUAAGCUAUAAUAAAUGACGUAAUAAUGGCCUUGGGAUGAGAUCGUGGCGAAUAUUAAAGAAGAUACGAGUUGCAUGACAAACACUUGUUUCAUGCAUUGUCCUGCUCUCUAUCGACUUUUCCACUGGCACAACUUAAUUUUGCAUUGCAUGCAAUCAAUUACGACGUAUAAGAUGAAUCUUUUGUAUUUGUAUGUAUUAUAUAUGUAGUGGAAAUCAAUUUUUUACCUAUUUGUAUGUAUGUAUGAUUAUAUAUGUAGUGAAAAUCAAAAUUUAUACUCCCCUCAUUCCAUAAGAUGUUUUGCUUAAAUGCACAACAAUUAAAAAUUUUACUUUAAAAAAAAUAAUUAUUAAUAAUAUAAAUUCAAAAUAAGUUAACUAAUCAUAAAUAAUGUACUAAAAUGUUAUUGGUUAACCAACUUUUAAUAAAAUUAAAGUAAUUUAAAAUUAUCAAAAUAUCUUAUAUUUUGAAACAUCAAAGUUUUUCUGAAACGUGGUUUAAUACAUCACAUUUAUUGAAAUUUGAAUCCAUUUUUUUUUUAAAUUAGACCAUAAUAUGGGCUACAUUUAAAGCCCAAUUAGAUCUAACGGGCCUUUGAAAGCGAAAACAAGCAGGGCGCAGAUAUUUUCAAUAGCUAAAAUGCAAAGAGCGGGAAGCUAAGAGAGUAAGAGCCAUUCUAGAGAUAGAAAGAGAGAAAGGGAGAGGAAGAGUACGAGAGAUGGAGGGGAACAACGCGAUGAAGAUACUAGAAGAGAUCAAAUCUUCCGAUCUUAUCGAGAAUCGGGUUCAGCUACUCACACAGCUUGCUCAGUUAGAUACACAGGAGAAUUCUGAUGUGGCGUCUUUCCUCCAGAGCCUAACAACACUCUGGGAAGACACCACAUGUCUUGACGUGUCCCAGUGUUUGUUGAACAAGGCAAUUCUGCAUGUGGCUUCAAAGUACCUGGCUUUGGAUCUUUCUGAUUGCUCUCAAUAUUUUCUAGCUUUUGGUAUUAAGGUAAGCCAAUGGUGUGGGAAACAUUUAUACAUGUCUGUUUUGUCGAUGGAGGAGUCUCAAGAGGAAGAGCAUUCAAGCAUUUUCUUUCAGCUUCUUUUGGAUUAUCUUCGCUUUUCUGCCUCAAGCUUUACUGCUAUUGGAAAAAUAUGUUUCGUGAGUGAUGAGGCCUCAGCUGUUACAGUUCAUAAGUUUGUUUCAGAGCAGCUGAAUUUGACAAAGGAGGUGAUAUUGAAUGCCAAGAAAGUUGAAUCCUUUUCCUUGGAGAUUUUUAAGGCUGUGCAAGGGGUGAUUGACUCUAUCGUUCGUCUGUGCAAAGAGUUCUCUCCAACAGUGAAUCAGUGUGUGAAUGAAAUGAAGACUAAUGGAAAUGUAGGAAUAUCAACGAUGGAGGAAGGCAACGACGUACGUAAUUUGGUUAGCAUAAUCACGAUGGGAGUUAAAUCUAUGAGCGAAUUGGGUAUGCUUGCUGCAAGAGAUGGUGGUAAUCUUGUGACAAUUCUUAAUACAUCAUGGAAGGGUGUGAUUACAUUGCUUCAGAUAGACAAGCAGACAUUGGCAUCUAAGGUCGAUGUAGGAGAGAUCAUUCUGAAGCUGAUAUCACUGAUCAAGGAGUCUCUGAGGUUUUCCGCUGUGGCUUGGUCUUGCUCGGUGAAGGAAAACAUAUCUGCAACAGAAGCCAGAAGGGUUUUUCUUCCUGUGAAAUUUUAUCUCAUCAAUGCUGUUAAAGUUGCGGCGCUGUUUCCAAACCAGGUGUCUAUGGUGUUCAAGGAAAUAUCACUCUGCAUCUUGAUGAUCUCUGCGUUCAAAGUUUCGCUGAGCCAACAAACCCAUGGCAAAUACGCAAGUGAAGUAAUGACGGAUCUUCUUGAGAAAACAACUGUAGAUCUUCUAAAUGCACUGUUGAACGCAGGCGAAAUAACACAAGAACUCAGGCUCUCACUUCUUGAUUCGUUGUUCAUAGAUGAACAAUGUUUCCCGACCCAAGUUUGUAACAAACAGGGCCAUGGUUCGCAGACAGAACCAUCAUUGGUGGAUAUCUUGUCUUUAUCUGUUGAAUCCGCAGCAAGUGCCAGAGGUUUGCUCCUGGCUCGGGUUGUACUGUUUCAGGCUGUCAUGAGGUAUUCUUCUGAGCUUGAAGAAGAUGCAAAGCUUGCAAUCACCAGAAAGCUGCAAUGGCUUCUCGAUGUAUUAACAGACGAAAAGGUUUACACUUCAGUCCUUUCUUCUCAGCUACCAAUGGCAGAUGGUUCGGGGAAGACAAUUGUCUGGGAAUCAAUGUUUUCAGCUCUGCUUCUAUCUCUCAAAACCCUUAUGAUUACUCUGUCUUCAUCUCCUGCAUGGGAAGAGCUUGAAACACUAUUACUCAAGAAUCUCUUGCAUCCCCACUUCCUGUGUUGGCAGAUAGUCAUGGAACUCUGGUGCUUCUGGGCUCGUCAUGCCACUGACGUUACGGUGGCCAAUGUGAUCGAUAAACUUUGUAUCUUCAUGUUGUCAAUGUCAACAUCAGAAGCGCCUCUUUGUCCUGAUUCCGUUCUCAGAAGAACUGCAAAGUCCAUCUGCUUUCUUCUCACUCACAGCCCCAAAUCCUUAACAGCUCAAGUUUACAAAAACAUUUCCACUGAGAGCAGAUCCGAAUCGGCACCAGAUGCAUAUCUAGCCUUGCUGUUAGAGGGCUUCCCGCUGAAUUUUCUUCCCGACAGAAUGAUAAGCGACGCGAAGAAACAGAUUGUCGCAGAGUUCUUUCACUUCAUUGAGAAUUUCACUGAGAAAACCUCAAAUUCCUCCAGAUACUUUGUCCAGGGAGGUCCGGUUGUAGCACUAUCUGCUUGCCUUGGGAUACUGAAGAUGAGCAUACCAGAGAUUGACUCCAGAACUCUGAAGUUUGGCGUCGCUCUCAUUCAAAAGCUAAGAAAAUCCAAAGACGAAAUGACAAGGGAUCGUUACACUGAGAUUCUCAGCGAAACACUAUCAAUCAUCUCAAGAAGCGAGCAGCUCUACACUUGCCAAGAGAUGGAUAAUGUCAUAACAGAGCUUCAAAGGCUUUUCAUUACAGAAACUGAUAACAGUCAGCAUCAUCUCCAUAAACUGAAGCCAAGCCUUGCUCUCUUCUUGUCAGGACUUAGCAAUUACGAAAUGUCUGAAACCGAAACCUGUCCAAAGAGCAGGGCGGUCUGGGAACUCUACCAUUUGCUUCUCAGGAAACGCCACUGGGCUUUGGUACACCACGCGGUUACUGCGUUUGGUUAUUUCUGCGCACGUACUGGCUGUGCCCAGCUAUGGAGAUUCGUACCUGAAGACGCUGCUCUAGCUUUCGAUAUAGCUUCUGGAAAAGAAGCAAAAACAGAGCGGUUCAUGUCAGAGUUAAAGAUGUUCUUGGAGAAAGAACAAGCGCUUCUCUCGACCACAGCUUCACAAGAGGAACUCGAGAUGCUUUCGAAAGAAGGCACGCAGGUUAAAGCAACAGUGCAGAAGCUUUUAGAAGGAAGAAAGCAGCAGAGAUCAAUGGAAGUAGAGAAACAAUCGAACAAGAGAAGGAAACUUCCAGAAGGAAUAUGCAGAGGAGUGGAGUUAUUGCAGAAGGGAAUGAAGAGGAUCAACGAAGGUUUAAGUGAGAUGAGUUCAGAUGAGAGUCAAGACUUUCAAAAGAGUUUACUGAAUCAGUUUUCAUGUCUUGAAGAUUUGGUGUCUCAUUUGGUAAGCCUCGCUGCUUCUGAGUAAGAUAUAUACUUUUGUUACUCCUGAAUACUGUUUGUUAGUCGAUACUUUCAAUUGUGCAUAAGGAAAAGAUGAUCAAACUAAAGCUGUGUUAAGAAAAAAACAAAUCAAAUAUUAGCAAAUGGGCUGUCAGUAUGACAAAUUAUUAUGUUUUCAACCGAUAAUUCAGCUGUUAGAUUCUAAGUACAUCACGCUAAACUGUUUUAUAAAACUCUAUGACUAAUAGUCUUAUUUUCAUUAUGGCAAUUUUUUUCUAUUAAAUUAUAAUAAAUCACGUUCACUAAGAUUUGAACUCAAAUCAUAAUUCAACACUAAAUGACUAUUUUGGAGUUUUGGUGUAUAGAUCCAACACUUUUGUAUAGUCAAUUUUUGGGAUGAUUUCCUUCUAAUAGUAUAGAAUUUGUUAUUAUGUAGUCAACACUUUGUUUUUGUGCAUGACAAGUUUCACAAACACAUGUUACAAUACGGACCUAAUAAUAAUUAAUUUAUUACUCUUUGACUGAUUCACUUGUUCAAUUCAUGUUUUCUUUGGGUCAAAAUUCAUUAAUAAUUAAUUUAUUACUCUUAAGAAAAUGUUUGCUUAGUUACUACCAAAGCGCUAUAUAUAUGGACUGAAUGUGUUGAGCCAUCCCAAAUUACUUCAAGUUCAACUCCAGUAUAGCAAUCUUAUUGAGAAAUCCUGCAUCAAUGAGAAAGUCACCAAAACUUUGUCUUGCUUUUCUUAUCAUGGUUCUUUUGUUUGGUCUGAGUCAUGGGUUACCACCGUUUUGGCCCCGAACCGACCUCACAAUGACAAAUAACCUUGGAGGUCCAGUUCUUACGGUUCAUUGCAAAUCCAAAGAUAAUGACUUGGGGGUUCAUAUGGUGGCUGCCAAAACAGAUUACCACUUUUCAUUUCAGCCAAAUAUAUGGAGAACAACACUGUUCUUCUGCAGCUUCCAAUGGAACAAUCAGGUCAAGCGGUUUGAUAUAUUUGAUGCUACGAGAGAUCAAGAUGACGGUUAUAAAUUUAACUGGACUAUCAAACCCGAUGGCCCAUGCAAGCUUGGUAAAAAUGCUAAAUGUUUCCCAUGGAAAUGAUUUGAUAAUAUAUGAUUGUGAUGAUAAAUAUAUAAAGAUGUUUUUACCAACAAAAUAAGAAAUAUAUAAAGAUGAUCAAAAUAAAAAAUAUAGUUUCCUUCGUUUCAUUGUGUUUCUUUUUCCUUGUAUUAGUUUAAAAUGUUCCGUUAUGAAGUUAAUAAUCUUAGAUAUUCUAUGAUA